AUCGCGUUUGACGUCGUAAACGUGUAAGAUUUCUCUUUCUCACCAUUCCAUUAACCCCGGCAUGAACUUGCUCCUUUUCAGUCGGAUAUUUCUCCAGACACCUUCCCUAAUUCAUCGUAUUAUAACCGCGAGGCUACGUUGAGUACGUCGCAUAAGUUCGUGUUAUUUCUGAAAAGUAAAAUACAUUGAAAUCGUGCAUAAACAGAUAUCCAACGGGAAAAUGUUCGGUACAAUCGUGCCCAUCGCCAACCAAUCUAGGUGAAACUGUCACCACGGUACCGAAGUGCACAACGUGGUGUGGCUGGCAGUAGCCGUCGUUUGUUAUCAAACAGCGAGGCCGCGAGGGCGAUGGCGGAGGCGCCGCCCGGGAACAUCGUGAAGGAGGGUUGGCUGCAGAAGCGCGGAGAGCACAUCCGUAACUGGCGCGACCGCUACUUCAUCCUAUUCGACAAUGGCGACCUGGUGGGCUUCAAGACGCAGCCCGAGCGGAACAACUACCGCGACCCCCUCAACAAGUUCACGGUGCGUGACUGCCAGAUCAUGGCCGUGGACAAGCCGCGGCCCUACACCUUCACCAUCCGCGGCCUGCAGUGGACCACCGUCAUCGAGCGCAACUUCUCCGUCGACACGGAGAAGGAACGCGAGGAGUGGGUGGCGGCCAUCCGCUUCGUGUCGGGGCAGCUGAGCGCGGGCGGCGCGGGCGCGGGCGCGGCGGCGGCGCCCGUCGACGCCGAGGACCACGACAUCGCGCAGCUCGGCACCAGCUUCCGCGACCCCCGCCGCAUCACGCUGGAGAAGUUCGAGUUCGUGAAGGUGCUGGGCAAGGGCACCUUCGGCAAGGUGGUGCUGUCGCGCGAGAAGGGCACGGGCAAGCUCUACGCCAUGAAGAUCCUCAAGAAGAACCUCAUCAUCCAGAAGGACGAGGUGGCGCACACCAUCACCGAGAACCGCGUGCUCAAGAAGACCAAGCAUCCCUUCCUCACGGCGCUGCGCUACUCGUUCCAGACGGUGGACCGCGUGUGCUUCGUGAUGGAGUACGCCAACGGCGGCGAGCUGUUCUUCCACCUGUCGCGCGAGCGCUCCUUCAGCGAGGAGCGCACGCGCUUCUACGGCGCCGAGAUCGUGUCGGCGCUGGGCUACCUGCACGCCGAGGGCAUCAUCUACCGCGACCUCAAGCUCGAGAACCUGCUGCUCGACAAGGACGGCCACAUCAAGAUCGCCGACUUCGGCCUCUGCAAGGUCAACAUCACGUACGGGCGCACCACCAAGACCUUCUGCGGCACGCCCGAGUACCUGGCGCCCGAGGUGCUGGAGGACACGGACUACGGGCCCGCCGUCGACUGGUGGGGCGUGGGCGUGGUGAUGUACGAGAUGGCGUGCGGGCGCCUGCCCUUCUACAACCGCGACCACGACGUGCUGUUCUCGCUGAUCAUGAACGAGGAGGUGCGGUUCCCGCGCGCGCUGUCGGCGGCGUGCCGCUGCGUGCUGGCCGGGCUGCUGACCAAGGAGCCGGCCAAGCGCCUGGGCGCCGGGCCCGACGACGCGCUCGAGGUCAUGCACCACCCCUUCUUCGCCUCCAUCAACUGGGCCGACCUCGUCGCCAAGAAGAUCCCGCCGCCCUUCAAGCCGCAGGUGGAGUCGGAGACCGACACGCGCUACUUCGACUCCGAGUUCACGGGCGAGUCCGUCGAGCUCACGCCGCCCGAGCGCCCCGACCACCUCGCGCGCAUCCAGGAGGAGCACUUCCCGCAGUUCUCGUACCAGGUGAGUGUCGCACCCGCCCCCGCUCACCAGGGUUGCAUGAUUUAA